AUGGCUGCGGCACGUCGUCCCCCUGCUGUCUACGUACUCAACCACGACUUGCUCGUGGGCAUCAGCCAUGCCGGCAAGGGAGGCGAAGGGUGGGCUGAUCCCAACGUGAAUGUUGGCAACGGCAAACUUACCGGCAAGGCAGAGGAAGGGUGGACUAACGUCGAGAUCGCUCGCAGGGAGGCUUACGGAUGCGGGCACAACAUGCGGCAGGCGCUGAAUGGCCUCAGUCUCUGCGUGCGCCUCGGCGACGACCCGCUUGUCACCUCCACAUUGACAUUGGGCAUCCGCAUCAGCCGCGAUGCGCGUGAGAGAUUCAUCUCGGAGCUUGGGCUCGCCUCCCUCGACGAGGAGGAGGAGGAGGAGGCGCCUGCCGUGGUCCGCAUCAUGAUGCUGGAGCAGGACCUUUUGAUCAUCGUCCUGUUGCUCGAGCGCAACUUUCGCAGGCUGUCCUACUACCUCGUGUACGACCGCAGCGACGCAUCCCUCUCCAUGGUGAGCUGUGUGCCAGAUUCCCUCAAAGUCAUCGCUAUGUUUAGGCCCUUCCCCAAGCGCACCUCCGACGGCGCUUACGAGCUGUUCUUCUUGGCUUGUGAGCGUGAUGAUGGCCGGCUGCCCCUGGCUUCGGACACGGAUCCGCCGACCUUUCUCUGCGUGUUCUCUCCGGUGACUGGGACGAACCGAACCUGUGCGUGGGAGAUAAGGAGGACACUGAGGUGGAACGUGCCGGUUAGCGUCUUCGAAAGAUUCAGGAUGGACGCGACCUUCUCUUUUCAAGGCAAGGGCUUCUGGGCCGAUCUCUCGCAAGUCCUCAUCUACUGCGACCUGCACACCGCCAGUGACGACUCUGCCGUGGAUUUCGGCUGCAUCGACUUGCCUGGCGAGUGCCAGCUUAACUUGAAGGAGAUGUUGGACUGCCCUCUGCCGAUGAAGAAGGUGACCCGGACCAUAGCCUGCGUCGGGGACUCCAUCUGCUUCGUCUGCAUUCAUCGCGGCAAGCACCAUGCUGAUGACUCGGUGACGAUGUGGACUUUGGAACUGCCUGGGGGGCAGUGGAAGAACGAGGCAAGGUUUCCUGUCAGAGAGCUCUGGAGGCCGGUUCGACAGCUUCAAGGAGGCGGGGUUGCCGGAGGCGAAGCAAUGACCGAGUCAGGGAGCAUGAUGACAGGCGUCAAGGCAAAAGUCGCGCGUCUUCUGCUGGAUCCGAGUUUGUUGAGACCGUAUAUAGACACUCUAAAAAUUCUUCAACCACUAUUGUAUGGUGGCCGGGAGCAAUCAGAAAUUGGUCCGACUGCACUAGCAAUAAAGAAAAAAAAUACAGAACUACACUACAAAUGA